CUUAUCUCUCUCACCUCACAAAAGAUCGAUUCUUGCCCCCACCUGCCGAGCUACACAAAAUGACAGACACCCCAGAUUCCGCUGCACCAGCACCACUUUUCAAAAAGCGCACCGCCAAAGCUCAAACCAACCUGCGCAAAAAACGCGCCGCCACGCCCCCCUCCGCCUCCGCCUCCUCCGCCUCCGACUCCGACUUCUCCUCCGACGAAACCAACGCCAUCAAACGCCGCAAAAAGAACGCUGCCGGCGUCGUCACUGCAUCCUCCACCUCCACCACCGCCCGCAGCGCACCCAGCGACUCCACCCACCCUCCAACCACCACCCCACUCACCCUCCCCGACACCAACGACGCGACCAAACAAUCCAACUGGUACGAUGAGCAGCCCGCCAACCUCCUGGGCAAAACCCGCACCCCGAUUCCUCCCCAAACUGCCGUGGAUGCCCAACCCGACGGCACCUACAAGGGCCUCGCGCACCAAACCCACAACACCUUCAUCCGGAAGAAUCCCGACGCGCCGAGCAAGAAGGCUGUCGGGCCCGUGCGGGCGCCCACGAACGUGCGCAUGACGACUUUCACCGACUACGCGCCGGACGUGUGCAAGGACUACAAGCUGACGGGGUGGUGCGGGUUCGGCGAUAAUUGCAAGUUCCUGCACGAUCGGUCGGAUUACAAGGCCGGGUGGGAGUUGGAUAAGGAGUGGGAGACGGUCACCAAGGGGAAGAAGGUCGUGGGGACGGUGGUGUCGGAUCGGGCGCGUGGCAACGCCGGCAGGGAGCGGGGGAAUGAUGCGGAGGAUGAGGAGGAGGAGGAGUUGGAGGAUAUCCCGUUUGCGUGCAUUAUCUGCCAGGGGCCGUACAAGGAGCCGGUGGUGACGAAGUGUGGGCAUUAUUUCUGCGAGCCGUGCGCGUUGAAGCGAUAUCGCAAGGAUCCGAGCUGCGCGGCGUGUGGGGCGGCGACUAAUGGGGUGUUCAACUCGGCGAAGAAGUUGAAGCGGUUGUUGGAGAGAAAGGCGGAGAAGCAGGCGCAGAGGAGGAGGGAGGCGGAGGAGAAUGGGGAGGAGUUGAGUGAGGAUGAGGAGGAUGAGUAACUUACCGACUAAGGGCUGUGUAUAUAUAUAUGUGUAUAAUCUCAUAGAGCCAUUAAUUA